AUGCAACGCUCAUCGUAUCUGCUAGCACCAUGUUCAUCACAUUCGUUCUCUGGAUACCCAAGCGUUACUUGUCACGUGCUCUCAAUUCAAGUACUAUGCAAGGUGAAGCGCUUUGCGCUCUUUCCUGUAUCCAAUUCAGUGCAGUGCUUUGCAUCGGCUCUUUGAUAUACCGGUUGUGGCGCGGUGGGUGGUGGGUGGACUCUGCGACGGCUAUCUUGAUUGCUCUGUUGUUUGGUUGGGAAGGCCAGAAGAUGGUUAAAUGGGCAAGAGACGCAGCAUUUGAUGGGGGAUGUUGUGGGCACUGCAAGACGGUUCCAGGAAGCCGAUCUACUGUAACUGGUGAUAGUAAGGACAGCGAGGUUGCCAUAUCCGACUCGCACGAAGUUAUAUCAGCCACAUCACCCGUCAGUGAGCGCUGCACAGGGAAUGAUAGUUGCGGUAUUUCAGAUACAUCUCACGUUCAUGCGAGCGAAGUCGCGAAGUAACCGUAGUUCCAGGGCAUUUCUUCGGAGAGAAAUGCACAGGGGAUCUUGAAGAUCGUGUUAACAUUUACCUAG